AUGGGCAACUCUUCAUCCCAAACAGCCAAUGAAAAACGACAAGAGGAAGUCAGGCAGAAAUUUGGUGUCCUGGUUCCGCCUUCAUUCAUUGUUGUUGACCCUUCAUCAGAUCCAACUGCCAGUCUUCCAAUCUCAUGUCAAACUCGACUGAAAAGUAUUGCAGCUCCCAAUGUUUUGAACGACCUUUGGACAAUGAACCAAGGGCGCCAAUUAUUAGAAACUUACAUGACUCCAGGUGUCACCUUGAGUGUUCCAACAGCGACUCAAGGCCAAAUCUUGGUUGCCCUGAAUACCACUGAAGGUGACAAAUCCUCAUUCCUUUGGGCAGAGCAACCUCUUUCGGAUAACGCCAAAGCAGAAUUGUUGGUUCCUACAGUAGAUUCUCCACACUUUCAUAUGCGAUACAAGCAAGACAUUAACGAAAACACCUUUUGGGCAGUACGAGGUCAGGUGAAUACCCAGCAAAAAGGAUGGGUGGAAAGCCGACUGAAAUCAACCUAUGAUGAUUUGGACAUCUUGUUCAGUGUUUCCUCCUCCUUGCCAUCACCAUCAAAAGACGCUACAAGAAAAGAUGACAUUAUGGACCAAGUGUUGAACAGUGUACAUUUACAAGCAGCAGCGGAGUAUAAAGAAUCGUUGGUUGCCGUUCAAGGUGGAUUGGAUCAGAACCAAUUGCCAACGCUGACGGGGUCAAUGGUAUCUCUCAACUUGAAUCAUCAAGCCAGCGACAAGAAUAAUGCUGCUAUUGAUGGAGAUGUAAACGCUAGAGUGCCCCCUCUCUGGUUGACACUCAAACAACUCAAGCCGUCCGGAGAGGACACCACCAAAUGGACCCUCAACCUGUCACAAAUCCUAACCUUUGAUCGAUACGUAUGGAAUGUCAUGGAAGAACGAGCCCCCAAAGUGCGCCAAAUUCUUGGUUGGUCCUUGCAAAUGGAUACCACCACUGCUUCGAAUGAUGCCGAAUCAUCAUCGUCAACCCCCGAAACCAAGUGGUCCAUCGGAACUACAUGGCAAGUCAAUCGGGGGCUUGCGUUCAAGGGUGUCAUGACGACAUCCAAUACAUCUCCACUUUCACUCAACUAUGGAUUCAUUGUGAAGCGAUGGAUGCAGCCACGAGCAACCCUGAGCGUUUUGAGUCAGUUUGAAUUUGCCACCAAGAAGAGUUCCUUCCUUGGCUUUGGCCUCGAGUUGGAAGCAAGUCCAUUCACAUUGAAUUCUACGACUCCGACGUAUCCGAAUUCACCGUCACCGGAUUAUGCAAAAGCAGAUGAAGCAGCUCCGACAAAAGUUUUCAUCCCAGAAAGAAGGCGAUAA